GGGUUUGUCUGUUAUCAGUCUCCUCGGAACUCAGGAAGUGUAAAAAGGCCGUGUAAAAACGAAAGUUCUGUUCUCUGACUCUGUUGAGUUGCACCAUGGUUCAACUCAUCCUGAGUUAAGCACUGAGAAAUCAGUUGAUUGCAAGCUAUAACCUAUCUAUCUAGCAAGCCAGUCUGAGCUAGGAACAUUUAUAUAAAAUGAGACUUUCUCCUGUCAAAGGUGCAUCCUAGUAGCGUUGAUUAUUUUACGUGAAGAAGAUUUUCUGUUGAAUGAAGCACAUAAAAAAUUGAGAAACAGUGGUUAUGGAAACCAAAACUAGGCUUCUUGCUGCAACUACAAUUUUUGAAAAAGCGCUACACAAGUUACUAAAAAUGAUGUCCGAAAACCACUCUGAUGCAACAUCAAAGGAUCCUAAUGUGGCUCUUUCUGAAAUUUUAUUACUUCAUAAAAAAUAUUUGGAUGAUCUAUUGUGCAAACAGAAAAAUGGUGAAUGUAAAAAAAAAAUUUAUGACAAUAAUAAUGUAUUAAAGUCGACUAUUUUAAUUGAUGACUUUGAUAUGACUCUAACUCAUGGCAUUAUAACAUCGAUACCUGGCUUUUUAACAUACACAAAGAACAAAUCAAAGAACCAAUGUUCUUCCGGUCACAAUAAGAAGUGCUGUGGUAAAUGUGAACACAAGUGUAUCAUAUGUAAGAAAAUUAAAUGUAAGGAGAAAUGCUGUAAUAUGCAAAACUGUAACCAUGAAUGCAGAAGUUGUAAAAAAACAAGAUGGUCAUGUCGAGACAGAGCCAACAUUUGCUGUAACAAAUGUAAACUUUGUUAUGAAUGCUCAGAAUCUAAAAGUAACCCUUGUCCACGUUUUAAGCUGAACAAUGCCGUGACAAAAUCAAUCUUACUUCGAAACGUUGUAUGUCACUCAUCAGAAAAAAAGUUUGAAGACUUCGAAUCAGGCCAGUGCUUGUUCUCCAACUUUCAAUCAUUCACCAAUUGGGAAUCACUGUCACAUCAUCUUAAAGCAUUGCUGGAAGAUAUAAUUAAUAUAAUGACUGAUGCAAAAUAUUUUUGUCCUCCUUUGCCUGAUACUGUAGAAAAAUGGUCAUUUUUGGUGGAUCUUAAUCAUGCAUGUGACGACCCUCUUGUUAAAGUAAAUGAAUUGUUUAGCACCUUACCUUCUAAAUCAGUGUUACCCGAAAAUGAAGAUGGGCCACCACCGAAACCAUUGGUGUUAAUAGAAAGGAUUUCAAGCGAAUCGUGUUUGCUGAAACUUCCAUAUGAAGAGGAAGUUACUGGCGUUGAAAUGAAGAUAGAUUCAGGUGAUUGGUGUGAACUUCAAAACUCUGAGUAUUCUCAACCUUUUCCUGCCUGGUUAGUUGUUAAAAAAACCUUUCAAGAAAGUAAAGAGUAUUGUUUCAAAUGCUUGUUUGGUGAUGGUGGAAGAUUUUAUAAAAGUGCGAACUUAUUAUUUGAUGCCGACAAUCAUUUAAGCGUUUCACGAAACUGUGGUAUCAUAUCACAUGCAGACGGGACACCUGUAUUGCGUGCUAGUAAAGCUAUGGAUGUAUGUGGAGAGGUAAAGUAUAAAGUAUCCAGUGGUGGAAGUUCUGUUGCUAUGGUAAAAGAAAGGGAGGAAUGGUUUAAACUCUGUGAUUAUUUUGUUUAUCGUUACUAUGGGUUGAUGGAGCUUGUGCAAAUUCCUUUUACCCUGCAUCGAACUUCAGCGAUAAGUAAUGUUGUAAAAGUAAUGGUUGAGUUGUGUAAAGCGAAGAAAAAUAAACCACCUGGUUAUGUCAUUACGCACUAUGAUGUUAAAAAUCAUUGUGAAUUUCUGGGUUACGAUUUGGAACAGCUUAGUGCUAAACUCGGUAUACAUUUCACUGAAGACGUGAAAAACAGAGUCCUUGCUUAUGCACCUGCUGAAAAUGUCAUUUUUAACUUAAGGGUAUUACAGGUAAACGACUCUGUUGCUAUCCACGAAGGGAUGAAGGUCUGUUGCAAUGAUGUGAAGUUAUUAUUAUUUGCCAAUGAGAAGAAGUUUUACGAAAGUCAGGUUGUUAUAAUCGGCUUAGUUGUUGUUCCAGAGUUAAGCCAAGAAUCGAAGAAUAAUCCUAUUUUGUGCAAGAAGUGCUACGAAACUAAGCUAAUUGUGUCACAGAAGGAAUUUACGGAUGGAAAAGUGUUUAAAAAAUGGUGGAAAAAGUUUCUGCCCCAAGUUUUUAAGUUGAAAAAUGCGUUUAAAGCUGAUAGUGCACAAAAUCUUAGCCUUCUUUCUAAUAUAAUUGGAUUCAUGGCAACCAAAAAGGUAUACUUACCUAUAACGGAAUUCCCAUCCUUGUCAGAAGAUGUUCAAGAGCAGAUGAAAACUAUUCUGCUUACACCUGAACAACAAGAGCUACUCAAUUUAAAAGAUAAAAAAGUCAUCCUAUUUGGUUCGUUUGGAUCAGGAAAGAGUAUAAUGGCUCAUUUAAAGAUUCGCCAACUUAUAAUAGAAGCAGCAGAGCCGACUUUCAUCUUCUAUGUUUGUUUUGAAAAUGACAGCUUAUUUCAAUGCAAGGUAAAAGAAUUUUUAGAGAAAGACGAGAAGAAUGCUAAUUUGACAAACAAGAAUGCAAAGAUAGAAGUAUUGGAUUUAUCGAAGUUAUCAGCUGAGCACAAAGCUAAAAUGACCGUUUCUCUAAUUUUAACUGAUACCUUUUCAAAAUAUCAAAACGGUUGCCUACACUUCUUUUUUGAUGAGUAUAAUGGUGAAGAUUUAGAUGAAAAUGAAGCUUCUGAUAUUCAAACUAUCCUGCGUGGGGAAGAGUUGCCGAGAAUAAAGGAUUCGGUCGUUUGGCUGAUAUCUCAAAGUAUAGAGAAGCAUAGAAAUUACUGCGAAAAAAGAAGCAACGCAGUUGUUAAUCAUGGAAAGAAUCAGUUUCGUUUGACAGGGAUGAAGAAAGUAACAUUGCAUAAAACACUGAGAGCAACAAAUGCCAUCAAUGAAGUAGUGAAGGUCUGUAUUGAGCGAAUAGAAAAAUCGCCAAACGAAUUUCCUCAUCGUGUUACACCUGCUAGAGUGACGGUAAAUCGUAAGCCUACCCUUGACGAAAAAGAAUUAACCAUAAGUGACACAACACGAUCUUCAAAACAAGAAAUAAGUCCUUCGGAUGACCGAAGGCUACAGUUGGAGGAGCAUAGUAUUCGACCAGACGAAGAAGAAAGUAGUCUUGGUUCUGUAUGCAUGGAAUUAGAUCAAAGCGUUGAUUUGGAAUUUCAGAGGCAAAAUGAAGAUCAAGAUGUGGACCAAUGCUUCAAAUUGAUCUAUGAUGCUAACAGUAAAGAACAGUGCAAUGAAGUAACGAGAACUGAAUUCCAUUUUCAUGGUGGCAAUGCUAUCGGUCAUAAUAUUGGUGGCAGUAAACCAACUUACAUGAACAUUUCGAAUAUUUGGAAUUUAGUACCAGAAGCUUGUACAGACUUGGAAUCUAAAUACUAUUCGUGUAGCAUAUGUAUAGCAAUGGUGUUGGAGAAGAUGCAUGGUGCGUGUAACUCAUUUUUAGAAGGCAUCACCGUAUUAUGCAGUGAUGCUCAUGCUGUCAAUAUCAUGGAAGGUGUGGCAACUUUGUUAGACGAGGAGUUUAUCCGUUAUACCCCUUCCUUAGAUUCAGAUAGUAGCAACAAGAUAAAAGAAGAUAUAUUAGAUAUGCAGCAGUCGGAAGGUUGUGUAUUACUGACAGACUGCAAAGGUUUCAGAGGAAUGGAAACCGAAAAAAUGAUUGUAUUUGUCGACCAGUCGGAUACAUUUUUAAAGCAAAAUCUUGUAGAGGCUUUAGGUAGGUGUACGAACGACCUUAUGAUUAUCCAGUACAACCCACCAAAUCUACCUAUUACUACAGACGAGACUGUUGCGGAAAUUGUAAAAGAAUGGAAGAGUCAGGACUUGGUUAGAAUUAUCGAAUUAAGGAAAUGUGGUUGUUAUUUAAAAGAAAAAGAACUGUGCGAUUUAGAUUUAGAAUGUGAUAUCUAUGGUUUUCACUAUGGCGAGUGGUAUGAAGAAGAGAAACAACAAUUGAGAAACCACGAAAGUUUAAAAGAUGAGGAAUACGAUGUUGAGGAACUUCGCCAGGCCCUAGAGAGAACAUUGAUAGAUCCAUAUCAAAAGAGUGCAAGCGCUUCUGUUGAAGACGCAACUCCGACUACUCCAAAUGAAGCUAAGGAAGAAGGCCUUUCUUCUGUUCGUAUUAAGUAUGUUUCAGUUGAAAAUAAUUUGGUUGGCGCCAUUUUGGGACCAGGAGGAGCUCGUAUUGCCACUUUAGCAAAGCGCUUCAAUGUUCAAUUGCGGAUUAUAGAGAGAACGGAAAUAGAAAUUCGUGGUCGUGACAAUGAUAUAGCAAGAAUAGAACAAUGGUUAAGUGAGCUCAAGCGGAGGAAAAACGAUGGUAGUCUGGAAAAUGCAUCGGAAAUUGAGUCGUUUUUUUACGACGACUACCUGUCUAAGGGUUGGCUUGACGAUGGUCUGCAAUGGGCUAGUUUAGAUUUCCUCCCUGAUAAGUAUUUUGGUCAGGUGAUUGGGAAAAAGGGAUCUAAUAAAGCAAGGUUGAAUAAAGAGUUCGCUAUAAAUUUGGUGGUCGAUAAAAGAAUCAAUAAAUUGCUCGUUAAAGGAACUCUGGAAUCCAAGAGACAAGUUAAGGGGUAUGUAAAAUACUUUUUAUAUCGACUUGAGAAUUACUGGGAAACGCAGCUACAGUCUUUAAAAGAAAUGUGUCUGCUAGGAUUGGGUGAUUCCGAUAUUGUAGAAAUGGUUCAGAAGCGUAACUGCAAGAAAUGUUGUCAACAUUGUGAAAUUAAGGUAUUGGAGAAACCUCGAAACAUGAAGAAAGUGUUCGACAAUAUGCCAAAGGUGUAUGAGACAAUUAAGAAUGUUCUAAUUGAUAUCAAAUCACGCUUAAGCAAAGCGGAACAAGCUGUAUGUUGCGUCAUGAUCCAUCAUGGACGACUUCAUCAUAGCUCUGAACCUGGUUAUUGGCCAGUGAAAGAUAUAUCGAACAAUAGCAAAAUAUCGUUUGAAAGAUUAAAAAGUUUUACAGAAUUCAAUGAUUAUUCAUUGAUAAGCACUGUUGUUCGAUUUGAUCUACGUAUAGUAACACCGGAGCCAGUAGUUGAAAUACGAUACAAAGUUUUUUGUAAUCCUCAGGAAAAAUCAUUCAUAACUUGCGAGGAAGCAGGAGCAAACAGUAAAAGAUUUUACAAGUUUAGAGUUGGCCCAGGGUAUGUCUGCAUUCAGGAACACUUGGUCCUCAAGACUGACAUAAUUAACCCCGUCACUAACUACAGCACGCGAGUAAAUGUUCAAACAUUUAAACCGGAUAAAGAAAAGGAGAACAUUAUUUCAAUACAUGUCGAAGCCUUGAAAGAUUUCUUCAAAAAUAUUAAACUAUCUAGCGAGCCUGCCAUGACAAUUGUGUAUGGCAAACUACCCGAAGAUUAUUUUAUUUGUUACAAGCGUCGAAGUGAACGAAAAUCAUAUCACAUUCCACCUUCAACUCUUUUACGUACAUCGGAUGAGUUUACCAGUGUUAAAGAUGGCUUAAGUUGUGGAAUCAGAGAUAAAGAUAUGUUCUUGAAUUUGCAAGUCUUAGACGCUGAGAAUUGGGAAGUUGAGCAAGUAUUAGAAGGUCUUCAGGAAGCGUUUCAAUGCAGUGACGUGAUUUUGUCGAGCCUUGGUGUUGAAAGCAGUUAAACAAAUAUUGUUUAUGGUUUACAAUAAUAAUUUUUUUUUUUUGGGGGGGGGAUAUCUAAGAUUUAAAUGGGUUAGAUAUAGCGAAUUUUUCUUUCAGCAAUUAAUAUUGGUUUACCAUUUCAUAAAAUUUACAAAAAGCUUAAUAUUGCCAAGGUGAUCAAGUCUGUAUUUUAAUUAAACAAAAAAACGGUGAUCACUUUUUAAUAUGUCAAAUUAAUUUUUAGGGUUUCAGUGGAGAAAUUGCGGGUAUUUUACGUUAAGUAAAACUGCUCUAGGCAUUUUAAUUAGAUUCUGCCCCAAAAAAGAUGGCAACAUCAGAGAAAUAAAAACUUCGAAGAAAAUUCUUUAAACGGCAUAACCCACGAUCAUUUAUUCUAGCUUCGUUGCUUUUUUUCUUUUCUUUUGUUUUUUCUGUUAUUCUACAGUCAACAGUGUUUUUGUAAUGAAUCAAUGAUUGUCAUUAUCAAAAAAUCGAGUAUCGCAAUUUGUCGUAAAAUUAUUGUAAAUUGAGUGUGAUAAAUUGUCGUUAUUGGUAUUGUAAUGUAUUAACUGUUAUCAAUUGUUGUUGUCGUGUAUUAAUAUUAUUGUAAGUUAAUGUUAUCGUCAAUUUUAAAUUCCUAUACUGAUUUUAUCAUAAUUUGAUGUUUAUAAAUUAAUUUUAUUGUAAUUUCUUUACGUUGGUAGCAGUGUAAGAAUAUGCACACAUGUCUGUAUGCUAGAGCUGUUGUUAUUUUAUAAGAAACUUUUACCAAAAUUCUUUGAGAUUUCGCGCUUUUCCUUGUAGCAUCAACUGCAAAAAAAUUGUGUUUCUGACUCGUCUCUAAAGUCUGGCUACUGGUUGACAUUAAACCAUCCUUAAAUUAUCCCUUUGAUAUAGUAAAGAAUUAGAGUUUUAAAAUUCUUAGGAUUUUUUAGACUUUCUUCAUUCUAUCUUCUCUCGUCUUUAAAAGUUUAUAUGUAAAUUGUAGAUAUAGAAAUAUAUUAAUAGUUCCAGUAGGA